AUGUCUUCAAUAAAUAGCUCAAGUGAUCGGUCCCUUCGUCAUUAUGAACUGGAGGAGAAAACUCUUAAUCAGUUAUUGGAGUUGGAAAACGAGUUUCGUGAUCACUACAAUUUCGCUAAAAAGGAAUUGACCCAGCAAAUGGAAUGGGCUAAUAGGUUAUGGGUGCUAACACAGAGAUACAUUCUACUGAAAAGUACUGGGCCAUGCUGUAAAUAUCCCGAAAUUUAUCCUGCACCAGCGGAAGACAAUGUACUCUUGGAUAUGACGGAGAAGAUAAAGAGCAUAAGAAACUCGAAUUGCCGCAUAUAUGCCUCAGUUAAAGAGUUGAGAAAGUCUUGCAUCAUUUUUGAACAGCUAUGCUCCCAAUUGGAUAUGUCCGUAGAAAGUCCUUUUAUAAUGGGCGAUGCCUUUCACAAGCCCUUAUCCUUUUUCAUCGAGUUGGUUAGCGAUUUAUUUAAAUACUUGCACGCAUCGAUUCUGCGUCAAAGGUAUUCGUCCCAUUUGAUUGAACCUUCUAACCUUGACGCUGUCGCCAAAUACAAAUCAUUGAUCGAACCUUCUGAAGAUUUCGAAGAGUACCUGACUGUCGGUCUUACCUAUUGCAAAUGUUUGCGGCCAAAGCCAAUAUGUUAA